AUGUCGUCGUACCUGGAGAAGCAGUCGUCGGCCUUUCGGGGGACGCUGGCGUCGGCCGCGUCAAAACUAUCCAACCCAAGCAGCGUCGUCAAGGCAUCGUCGCUGGCGCCGCCCUCUCCAUCACCCUCGGCAGCAUCAGAUAGCGCGACACCGACUGCCAGGCGCAAGCGCGAUGCGGCCCCCGACGUGCCCUUUUCGCAGCCCCAGCUGACGGGGUACGGUGCCGAGGUCAAGACGCAGAUGACGUUUGCCGUCGAGUACCUCAAGAAAAAGGGCGACUCCAAGAGUAUGACGGACAUCAUCGACCACCUCAGCCUGCGCAGCUACUCGGAGGAGCACAAGAAGGAGCUGGCCGAGGGCCUCAGGGGGCACCCGCGUGUCGAGUGGAGGCCCGACGCGAGCCUGGCCGAGCAGACGUGGAACACGGGCUCCUACGCCCACCGGCCCAUCAUCCCCGGCGUCAAGGACGCGACGUCGCUCCUGGCCCACCUACAGCGCAAGACGGACGCCUCGGGCGUGUCAGUCAAGGACCUCAAGGAUGGCUGGCCCGACUGCGAGGAGACGCUGGCGUCGCUCGAGCGUCACCACAAGGUGCUCGUGGUGCGCACCAAAAAGGACAACUUUCCGCGCUACGUCUGGCUCGACGACCCGUCACUCAAGCACACAGUCCAAGCCGAGUUCCAAGUCAUGUGGCACCGCGUCCCGCUGCCCAGCCUCGACGACAUGCACCGCAAGCUCGUCGCCGUCGGCCAGAAGCCCACGAGCGAAGACCCCCUCAAGCUGGCCCUCGGCACCGGUGGUAAGGCCAAGGUGCAGAAGAAGAAGGCGAGCAAGAAGAUGGGCAAAGCAACCAACGUGCAUAUGGCGCACUUGAUGCAGGACUACAGCAACUUGCGGAGAUGA